AUGGAGCAGUUCCAUCACGGCCAGCACGUGCGGCUGCGCAGCCGCGUGCACGGCACGUACCUGCACGCCGACGAGGACGGACAUGGCGUCAACCUCCGCGUCCGCCGGGAGUCUAUGAACGCGGCUUGGGCGGUGCACCGGCACCCGGGCGAGGACGGACAGUUCCUGCUCCUCCACAGCGCCGCCUACGGCCACUACCUCGCCGCCACGGACGUGCCGGCGCCGCCCGGCCACCGCGGGCUCCGCGUGGAGCAGCGCGACUACGACCAUCCUGAGGUGGAGCCACUCGUUUGGCAGGCCAUCCUGUCAGAAUCCGAGGAAGAAGUCUACCUCCGCAACGUCGACGGCGCCUGCCUCCGCGCCAACGGGAGGUUCUGGAACACCGACGCCACCGUCGACUUCGUCUACGACCUCGACAACAUCAGCAGGAAGAUGCUCUGGGUCGUGGAGGAAAUCCCCGCCAGGGAGGUCAUGCCUCCCCUUCCACGUCCGAUUGGGCUUCCCCACCCCAUGUUGCGGUCGCGGAUGAUCAUGUACAUGUGGCGGAACAUCCUCGGGGGCCUCAUCACCCGCGGCUCGUUCGUGUUCAGGGGGAGGUCCGUGUUCCGCCUGAGGCAUCAGCUGGUCAGGCGGCUGCGCCCCAUGGUAGACUUCGACGACUCCGAGCUCGUCAUGGGCCUCCCCACACGUGAUGGCCGGAUGUUUCCACUCGUCGUCGACCUGCCCAGCAGCGGCGAGACCCUCCACAUCUUCGUCGUCAUCGUCGGGACGCCUGCCCACGCGGCGCUGCGGUACGCGGAUGUCGAUGCAGAGUAG